AUGUCUCCAACAGGUAACAAGAUUCCCAUUAACUCCUCCAGCCCAGCACACCAUCCAAGCCGCUCCUACAAGGAAGCUAGCACCAGCCGGUGGCAACUACAAGCCCUCUUCCAGUCAUUCUUAGAGAACAGACCUGUCGACACCAUGCUUGCCGUUCAAGAACGACGCCUUCUCGUUUCCUGGGACCUCAAGGCCAUCCAUUACCUGAGGAGAUGCUUGAGGACGUGGAUUCUGGACAAGGUCCCAGGUGUCGCGAUUGGUGCAUUUCUCGUGACUGUCUUGUACGAACAAGACUUUCAUCUAGAUUACCGGCUGACCAUGAUGGUGAGGGACGGACAAACCCAGCUGCACAUCGCUCGUCGCUUGUUGGCAUUCUAUCAAAUCCGAGACGAAGCAGGCGCUCCGAUCUGGGAUAAUGUGACUGUCUAUGACGAAGACGCUCACCCGAAACUACCAGCUACCCAGCGCAAGAGUACUGCUGGAAGCUCCGCUGCCACGAAGGAGCUUCCACCUCGUAUCCCUACUCCGCCGCCUGCUGACCCGAGAUGGCCCCUCUUCAUGGGCGCGCUUAGCGACCCAGAGAUUGAAGACCUCAUGGACAAGUUAGGAGACGACGAUCAACGUGUAGGGGAAGAUCUGCCUCCUUUGUUUACCGGUGUGCGUGAGGAAGAUAUUCCCAUCAUCCAGGCGUUCCGGAGAUUCAAUCUCCACAAGAAUGAUUCCUCUGAGGACAUUCCUCUGCCUGAGUCUGGGACCGAUCGAAUUGCGUAUACCUCGAAGCAGACUAACAUAUCACAGGAUAAGCCCCUCCCUUCCCUUCCCAUAAAGAAGCCUCUCCCAGCCCUACCCACUGACAAGGCUCUUCCCGACAAAUCCCUCCUCCCCCUGCCACCUCUUUCACGUCCCUCAAGCCCAAAUCCCUCAUCUGUGCGUGUGUCGACUUUCAAAUCAGGAAAGAAGCUUAAAGUCAGAUGGGCAGACUGUGUACCAAGCAAACAUGCUAACAUUGAACAGGGGACGGAUAAGGCUGACCUGCGUUCGUCCGCGGCUGCUCGCCCAAAGCUUCCCGUUAAUGUCGACGUCAACCAGCAUACUCCUCGUCCCUCAGACACUAUUUAUGCUUAUGUUCAUUAUAAUGUUCCUCCGACCCCUCCUAAGCUUAAAAAGAAAGCGGGAGUCGAUGACUUGCGCAAGGCUCGAGAGUGUGGUGGUUGA